CCCAGGUUUAUUUAACUCAGUGUGUUGUUUAUAAUAAAAACGAGCGGAAAACGUCCAGUGUCAGAGUAGAGUAGACCUCACUGGGAAUUGAUGGGGUUGGAGACGCGAAAGAAGAUAGCUCCUGACUGCUUGGGACACUUUGGUUCGGUUAAAAUAAAUACAAGUCACUUCUCAUUUUAUUCUCUCCAGUGGUCUGGGAUAAAUUCUGGAUCACUUAGGUAUAGUGGGAGGAAUUCAGCUUCACAUCAGAUCUUUUAAAAAGUUUUUCCCUACCUUCACAACUAAAAGCAUCCCUUUCUCUGGGCUGCCUAAUGGGCUGCCUUUAUGCGUCUCUGUUUCGACACAUGGCAUUGUAUUGUGGUUACCCCAGGCCCUGGCAGGAUGAAAGGUCUGUAAGGGAAGGAAGCCAAAAACAAAAACAAAACAAACAAACAAACAAAAGGACAGCAAGUGAAGCCAAAAGUUGAGAAAACAGGAACUUUUUAAAGCCUUUAAGUUGUUGGAUUAUUUUACAGGUUAGGGAAGCAGCUGAGCUCCUUGAAUCGAAUCAGACUUCAAUCCCUUCCUUGCUACUAAUUCUGGAAAGGUUAACCUAUCUGUUCCCUGGUUUCCUCAUCUAUAAAGUAGAAUUCAGGCCCCAGCACGACCAAAAACAAAAAGGUUCCUGAAGGCUUCAAGGGAAACCCAAUUUAGGGAAGGCUCAAUGGCUCUGGGUGAAGAUGUUGCUGAGGCAAACACAUCUGUCAACACAAAGGUCCAGUCCUGUGGCAGGUGGAACUCUGUGGAACAGGAACUGCUGCCCCCAGGGCUUGAUCCACAACAGCCCCCGCAUCUGGAAGUCAAGAGAGGGCCACGGUGCAGGGCUGAGGCUGACCCUGGCUGCAUCUCUAGAGUUUUCGAGUCACAGGCCCACACUGCCAGCGGAGAACCGGUAGCAGAUGGAUCUAAGCCUACCCUCAGUGGCCCACUUCCUUCUGUCAGCAUGGGGACUGGGGACCUUCACUCUGUGGGAAACCAUAUGGAGGAAAAAAAGCUUCCUGCCUCCCACGACUUAUGUCAGAGGGUUAAAGUCAUUGGAACUGUAACUGUUUGCUCAGGACAUGAUGCUGCCAGUGAAGACAACCAGUCCCCAGUUGAUUGUCAUCAGGUGCUAGGCCUCAGCCAACAGCCUCACAUCUCAGGUUUCCCUCUCCUGUCCCAGUGGAAGUCCAUGGUGAGCCCAGGUGCUCCUCAGCUCUCCUCUGCCUCCUCCAUGGGCAGCAGUCUCCAGGAUCACCAAGAAAAGGCAGAGCCUCAAAGUAGCUCAUUUGCCAAGGUCUCCUCUCAGGAGUUGAUUGUACCCCAGGGAGCCCCCUCAGUGGUGGGGACAGGGCCUCAGCCCCUGUGGUCACCACAGCCUGUGGCCCCUGGGAGUGAUGCUACUAGCCUGGGUAAGAGACAACUCUCCUUUCAGGCAGAGUACUGGGCCUGUGUGCUGCCAAAUUCUCUGCCUCCCUCGCCUGACCGCCACUCCCCACUCUGGAACCCAAAUAAAGAAUAUGAAGAUUUGCUUGACUACACUUACCCACUGAGGCCUGGGCCUCAGCUCCCAAAGCAGUUUGAGAGUCUUGUGCUGACUGAUCCUGUCAUGCAGGAUUCAGGUGUAGAUCUGGACAGUUUCUCUGUCUCCCCAGCAAGUACUCUCAAGUCACCCACUAAUGUCUCCCACAAUUGCUUAGCAGCAGAAGUACCUACCCUGCCAUUUUCUGGAGCCAGGGAGCCAUGCCUUAAGAAUUGGCCCUUGGGAGUAUCCCAGAAACAGGAUGGCAUAAGCCUGCCAUCUUGGAACCAGCUUACAUCAACCCCUAGAACCUUAGGCACUGAGGAUGCUUCUUGCAAAAACAGAGAGGCAGCCCUGAGGGACACAAAGAACUAUCUGCCUAUAGGCAAGAACCUCAGUGUAGGCUCCCCGCAGCUAAGGAUGAAGGAGAGGGCACCACCCUUUCCCAGACUAGAGAAGGAGAAGAGAGCCUACCAGACCGUUGGGCAUCCCGCCUGUGUGAAGCCUGCAUGGACAUCAGAAGAAGAGAUGGAAAGUGAUGAUGAGUACCUUGCCCUGCCCACGAGGCUGACUCCAGUUUCUAGUCUGAUGUCCUACUUAGGUGUCAUUCCCACCUUUGUGAAUCUACCCACUGGGGCUGCUGAGGAGUGCAGUUCACUGAUUGUCUCAGACAGUGAUGGGCCAGUUUCCUCCACAUUGGACUCUAGCCAAAGGCAGCAUCCUUCUGGUGCUGCCUUCCAAGGGCCUGUGGUCCAGAACUCCUGCUUUGUGGACUCUAUACAUCCCAAGGACUCCACAGGCAAAAGUAGUAAAGUGAGCAGCCAGGCCCUUGGGGUCUCUUCUGGACUGCUGCACGCUCACCCCUCCUUGCAAGCUGCAUCAGACAGGUGGCCGUUCUCAGAGCCAGUUGCUGGAGAGAAUCUUCCCAGGAACAGAGGGCAGGAGAAAGCGUCACUGGUGCAAUGUGUGCAGACAUUUUGCUGUCAGCUGGAAGAGCUGAUCUGCUGGUUGUAUAAUGUCACAGACGUUGCUGACCUCAGUACUCCACCCAGGUCCACUCUUACAGGUCUCAAGUCUUCUCUGCAGCUUUACCGGCAAUUUAAGAAAGAUAUAGACAAACAUCAGUCCCUGACAGAGAAUGUCUUGGAGAAGGGGGAGAUUCUUCUUCAGUGCCUGAUGGAUAACACCCCAGGUGGGUAACCAAGAGCUUUGUUUGGUUGUUUAUUGACACAUGAUAUACUUAUCUAUGGGUCUGGUGUGACACACAUGUCCACUGUAUGUGGCUAUAAAUUGAUUGGAACAUGCCUUUUCACUGAGUGUGUUAGAGUUGCCCUUAGGAAUUCAACCCAUUUAUCUGCUAGUGAAUUUUAAUACGAAAGUCUGAAUUAGUCAAUAUAAAAUUAAAGAUGAAGAGUCAGGCAUGGUGGUGCAUGCCUUUAAUCCCAAUCUCCUCUGGGAGGCAGAGGAGCAUCUUAAAUUUCUGGCUAGCCUGGUUUGAUAGUUCAGGACAGGCUGGGCUACAUAGUGAGACUCUAUCAGAGAGGGGGAGGGGAAGAGAUUAAAAAUAAAAUACAGGUGACAACCAGAAAGAAAGAACUAGCCAGGAAGUGGAAAGUCAGCUUAGGUAUUGUAAGCACUGUAACUCCAGCUCCAGGGCAUCCAGUGUCCUCUUCUAGACUCACAUGUACACCUACCCACACACACGGAUCUACACAUGUACACAUAAUUGUUUUGAAAACUAGCCAGUAUUAUAUAUAGCAAUUGAAUUUAGACUGCGGUGGCACUCUUAUUUUCUCAAUGUAGAAUUCUCAUCAGCUUCAACUGACAGCCAUUUUCAGGUUGUUCCCAUUUCCCAUACCAGUUCCAUCUCCGAUGUCUCUAGAACACAGUAAAGAGGAGAGUGUAGCUUCUGUUCUCCUGGAUGUACAGUAGUCAGUAGUGGGAUUCCCAGAUCCUGCUGCCCUAUCUAGUCUUGUGAAGACCUCCAUACUGCUUCCCACCAGCAAUGAGUUCCUUUUCUGUCAUAUCAAUGUAGUUUUCUUUCCCUCUGAUUAAUAAUACUGAACCUGUUUCACAGGUUUGUUGGUCUUUCCUAAUAUCCUCUUCUGAAGUAUCUAGGUUAUUCAUCCAUUUUUUUUUAUCAAAUGACUAUUAAUAGUAACACUAAUAGUUCUUGUGUUUUAUUUGUUGUUGCUUAGUUUUUGAGUUUCUCCAUGUAGCUCUGACUAGUCAGGAACUCACUAUAUAGGUCAGGCCAACCUUGAACCUGCACAGAUUCUCUUGCCUCUGCCUUGAGUCCUGGGAUUACAGGUUUGAGUCUGCAAUUUGAUUUUGUGAGACAAGGUCUCCCAAUGCCUGGUCACAUUGCUGUGUGUUUAUUUGAAUUCCUAUGUAUUAUGUGGGUUCCAGAGAUCAGAGUCAGGUCACCAGGCUCAGCGAUGCCUGACCUACUGUGCUCUGCUGUCUCGAUGGCCCUGUAGUGCUUCUUGCAUGUUUGAUUUUUGAGACAUGGUCUCACUAUGUAGCCCUGGCUCUUCUGGUAUUCACUAGGUAGACCAGGCUGGCCUCAAACUCACAGAGAUCUUCCUAGCUCUGCCUCCUGAGUGCUGGGAUUAAAGGUAAAAAGAUUGAUUUUGUUUUUUAAUUACGUAUGUAUCUGGUGAGGGUAAUAAAUAUGAGUACAGGUGCUUUUAGAGGCCAGGACAUUAGAUGCCCUCGCACUACAGCUGGAUGUGAGCAGUCUAACAUAAGGAACUCAAGUCCUCUGAAGAGCCAGCCAUAUGUAAUCCUAAUCACUGAGGCACCUCCAGCCCCUGUGUACACCUGUGUAUAUUUGUUUGAGGUGUUUUGUUUUUAAAUGUGUAUGUACACCAUAUGUAUGCAAGAACAUGUGGAGGUCAGAAGAGAGUGUUGGAUCCCCUGGAACUGGAGUUAAAAGGUUGUGAGCUUCCUAGUGGGUGUUAGGAACCAAACCUAGGCAUUCUCCAAGAGCAGUAAGAGUUCAGGUGUGUGUGCAUGGCAUGGAUGUAGAACUGGUUCUCUCAAAAUCAGGUCCUCAGAUUUGCUCACAAAUAGGUGUUUAAAAAGCCCAGUAAUGUUAUACUGCAGUUUCAGAGAGAGGUAGUAUUUACAGGAGAAUCAAAUGGCAUACACAUAGCCAUGAUGAGUAUGAAGUGAUGGCCAGGUUACUGGACAAGGGUUACAAAACAAGUUUUCAGGCUUGGUGCCACUGCCAUAGAGAGCUGCCUAACUCUUUGUUGUAAGGGUUUACAUGCAUUGCAAGAUGUUUUGCAGCACAAAAGCCCUUACAUCCCCUCAGUGCCCCUAAAACAUUUCCAUUGUCAGUUGUACCCUGGGGAAAGUGAACACACAGAGAGGUUUUGAUGGAAAGCAAUCACUAACAAGUCUCCAGCAGUAUGACCUGGUGAGCCUUUUGCCUCCCCUGCUUCUCUGAAGGCCUGUAUUAAUGCUCCUAUGUUGUCUGCAGGAUCGUUAGGUGUUUUAGUUGCUAACCCUGAACGGUUUGUUUUAUUGCAUGUAUGAAUGGUGUUUCUGUGCCCUUACACAGAUUCUAAAGACUGGACUCGAGUUGCCAGGCUUGUGUGUUAAAUGCCUCAACUCACUGAGCCAUCUCACCAGCCCUAAGUUUUAGGUUUUAUACUGGGGCAGGAACUUGGUGCAGCAAACUUUAUUGCUUCUGCCUCUGCUGGUGUUUUACCAAACACACUUAGCAUGGGGCUGAAGAAGCUUCCAGCUGCUGUCCUAGGGUCUGAAGAUAAAGGGCCCAAGCAGGGAGAGCUCAGUACAGGUCUUCUCUUCAUGGAGGCCAUGGAGUUUAAUAGAAGGUCUCCUAAAACUGUUCUGACUUUCACUUGGAAAUAAAUCCAUUAACACUUACUUUCUCCUACUCUGAGAAAACACUCGGAUGUUUUACCAGCCAGAGAGGCUCCUUCAGAUUAGUACUCUAACUUCCCGGUCCUCUGCCUGGAAUAACUGGAGCACUGAGCUAUUUUGUUCAGGUCUCGAGUUCCCUUGACACUUCCUACUCCCUCCUAGAAGCAGCCUCCUGUCCGUGUACUCCCCCACCUCCCAUCCCCAUACCCACUGCUUUUUCAGAGCCUGCUUUCUUAGGAGUGUGACUGUGGUUUAACUCUGCCACCAAGAGGCCCCUUUGUCAGGACCCCACCAAAGGCAUUUUGACCUAGUUACAUAAAUACAGGCUGACAUUUUGUCUUAAACUGCAUGAGUCACAUGACUAGAACCCAUGGGAAUUAAGCCAAAUGAGGCCCAAUAUGUGUAUGUUAAAUGAAAGCAACACAAAAAUCACACCAAGAAAACAUACCUGCUUAAGUCUCCCUUUCUAGCCUUUCUUCCAUGACCUGUUUACAGUAAAGUUUCAAAUAAAGGCCCCUAGAAUUUCACUGAUGACACACAGGAAAACUGAACAGAGUGUGGUUCAGCCACACUGACAGCUUUCCUCUGGCACAAGCUCUCUUGAGUUGUUAGGACAGCACUUUGCCCUCAUGUGGCUUCCUAAGGGGCUGACCUCAACACACCCCAGCCUCCUCUUCCUUCCCUUCCUGCCCCAUCUCGUCCACAUUGUGUGCAGAACAAAGGCUUCCCCUUUCUUAUCCUCUGCUGGCACAUGUUGCCCUGUGGCAGGAAGCUAGGGAGCAUUUAACACAGCUGAUAAAGCACAGGAAGCAAGCAGCUUUUGUGCUUAACAAAAAACAGCCUGCCAUUUGCGUACUCUGACCCUAGCGUAUCCCUCUUCUCAUUCUGACAUGUAAGAGGGAAUUUAACCUAUUCUCACACCAUUGCUCCAGUUUUGGUCACUGAUUCCCUAUGCCCCCCCCCAAAUCAAUAAGCUUCCCUAAUAUGUGACCUAAGCUCUUGCAGCAUCACUGUUUAAAAGAAGAGGGAAGGUGGGCUGGGAAUGUGUCUCAGUUGGCAGUGCUUGACUAGCUUGCAUGAAAUCUUAGAUUCAGUCCCCAGAACUGCAUAAAUUAGUGUAAUGGUGUAUAAAAAGUUCAAGAUCAUAUUCAGCUAGAAAGCAGGUUGGGGUCAGCCUGAGGUACAUGAGACCCUAUUGGGGUAGGGGAGGAGGCAC